AUGCCUUCGACUCCUGAGCAGCCCUCUGGGCACACGGAGGGACUCCCUACAUCAGAGCUGGGUUCGUGGCCCCCACUACCCUGCGGGCCCUGCAUCCCCAUCAUGCUGGCCCUGGCCUCCCUCUCUGCGCUCUUCCUCCUAACAACAGCCGUGUUGGCCGAACGCCUGUUCCGCCGCUCACAGCACCCAGACCCCAGCACCCAUGCACCCACCCUGGUCUGGCGCCCCGGAGGAGAACUGUGGAUUGAGCCCAGGGGCACCCCCCGAGAGCGCUCCGAGGACUGGUACGGAUCUGCGGUCCCCUUGCUGAUGGACCAGGCCCCAGACCCCCCCAUCCCCGGGGGCACCUUGGAGGCCCACGCAACAGCCCCACCUGCCCCUUUAGCCCCACUCUCCCCGUCCGGCUCCUUGGUCCCCCGCACCCCACCCAGGGCCCCAGCCCGCAGCACCUUCUGGGGGCCCCAGGCCUUGGACGAGAGGCCCUGUGUCCCAGGCUUGGUGAGCUGGGCUGAGUCGGAACAGAGGCCAGAGGCCAACGUGUACUUGGGGAGCCCCCAGGCCCAGAGGCAGCGACUAGGAAGCCCUGAUCCUGAGUGGGGCCUCCAGCCUCGGGUCACCCUGGAGCAGAUCUCCGCUUUCUGGAAGCGUGAAGGUCGGACCAGCGUGGGGUUCUGAAUCCCCAGGGCCUGGAGGAUUGGCCUCCCAAAGACCCCUGAGGAAGGCCCUACCUCAGAGAGUCUCUCCGAGGCCUUAAG